AUGGAUUUCAAUGGAGGACGCCCAAUUAAGAAAAAGUCGCGAGUUCGACUUCCUGGCCGUACCAAGUCGCCUGCUGUGGAUAGCGAUCGUGCGGGGCAACGAGAGCAACCAUCAAGGCCGGAAGAAGAUACGCUGAAUAUUGAAAUGCUUUCGAAGAAGGAACGAAGAAAAACAAUGUCAGAAUCGGGACCGACUAAUAAAAGCCGUGUUACUUUCGACGAACCGAAUCGGCCAGUGACCCAUGGUAAUGGUGGCUCUCCUCCUGCAUAUGGAGACGAAGCAUCCUCGGCAUUGGCUCUACCAUUGAACAGACUCUCUGAAUCUUCAAGAUCAGACGCAAGUUCUAAUGAUCAUGGAGUUUAUGCAACGACGACUACCACCACACAUACUGUGCAAACAACAACCACCUUCUUUCGUCUUCCUCGUCGGAAGAAGCCCGCUCCGUUAUUCGAUCUUAGCCAUCUUCCACAAAAGUCCGCGCAGCAUGAUUCUUCACAUUCUCUAUCCGUUACAAGAUACCCCACAGCUCCUCCAUCUGACCCGGCUCGGGUCAUAACCCCAAAGUCGUCGGAUGACUUGACCCCACAUGGUUUCCAGUCUCCAAUGCCCUCUCCGUCACAUACCUCUUCGUCUCCGAGUGCUUUGAUGAAGACAUCAUCUGGUCGGCCAGCUACCCCAUUAUUAAGACAAGGUUCCGCUGCGUCAUCUUCGAGAUCUUCACCCACUCGUUCCAGGCUGACAUUGCGCGGUCGUUCAUCCACUUUAAGCUCUCUAAGGAAUGCACCGAAUGAAGAUGCUUUACCUACACCUACAUUACCACCAAGCAGGACUUCUACAUCCACCGGCAGGAAGAGUUUUGGCGACUUGUUUAAUCUUUCAGCUCGAUUACGCCCGACCUCCGAACCAACAACUAAUUCAGGACCUACCACCCCCGGAUCCAAUACUUCGAAAAACAAUUCUAUGCAAUUAGCCCGAGAAGAGCCUAUUAUUCUGCCCGAACGCUUUGAUGAUGACACACCCGCUAAUUAUUUGGUCAGGCUUGAAGAGGCUGUUAGUAGAGGUGUUGUAGCUAGUGUCUUGUCAAAAGGGACGGAUCCUUUCUCCCAGGCUGUUCUUCGCAGCUAUAUGAGAGGAUUUGGCUUCUUUGGGGAUCCAAUGGAUAUGGCCAUACGAAAGUUACUCAUGGAAGUUGAGCUCCCCAAGGAGACUCAGCAAAUUGAUAGAUGCUUACAAGGUUUUGCUAAUAGGUAUCAUGAAUGCAACCCUGGCAUCUAUGCAUCUCCUGAUCAAGCUUACUUCAUCGCUUUCUCACUUCUCAUUCUACAUACAGAUGUGUUCAACAAAAACAACAAACAUAAAAUGACAAAGGCAGACUACAUCAAGAACACCCACGGCGAAGGAAUUUUUGACGAGAUCCUGGAGUGCUUUUAUGACAACAUUUCAUAUACGCCCUUUAUUCAUGUGGAGGACGAUCUAGACAUUAACGGCGAAAGGAUUAUACCUCACAAGAUGAAAAAGAAGUCGAAGAUACUUCGUGGAGGCGGCGAUCCUAAUAAACGUCCUUCGAGAGAACCAGUUGACCCUUAUACUCUAAUUCUUGAUAGCAAACUUGAUACUUUACGUCCCAACCUCAAGGAUGUUAUGCAUCUUGACGAACAUUAUAGUUAUCUUGGUACUGCACCGUCCCUGAAUCUACAGAAUCUACAGAAGACCUUCUUCAAGACCGGUGUGUUACAGAUAGUUUCUGCCAGGUCACGGCCGGAUGCUUUCAUGUCAGAGAAAACGGUCACAAAUCCCGAGGAAGCACAGGCUGGUAUUGUGGAUAUCAAGAUCACCAAGGUUGGUUUACUAUGGCGAAAGGAUGCGAAAAAGAAGAAGACUCGUUCUCCAUGGCAAGAGUGGGGAGCUAUUCUUACCGGAGCUCAACUGUAUUUUUUCCGGAAUACCACCUGGAUCAAAAGCUUGAUACAUCAGCACGAGACACAUAUCAAACAAGGUCAUGAUGGCAGCCCUGUAAUUUUCAAGCCCCCACUAGAACAUUUCAAGCCCGAUGCAUUAAUGUCAACUGAUGAUGCAGUUGCUCUGGUAGACUCCACGUACAAGAAGCACAAGCACGCUUUCAUCUUUGUUCGCCACGGAGGAUUUGAGGAAACUUUCUUAGCCGACAAUGAAGAUGAGAUGAAUGAUUGGCUUGCUAAGCUUAACUAUGCUGCAGCAUUCAGAACCGCUGGAGUUCGCAUGCGGGGCGUGGUUGGAGGCAACUACGAAGGCCAGCGUAAUCGAGGUAUCCGCAGACUAGAAAGUCAAAACGACAACACAAAACUGAUUCAAACGCCUUCUGGUGAAGUUACUAUAGUCAGCGGAAAGAUCGACAACAAGAUGCAGGACGAUAUCUUGGCCGCACGUCGCCAAAUCAUGCUACAAAAAGUAGCUGAAGCCGAAGAAAAGCUUACCGUCGCAGUGAAACAACUAGAUUCACAACUCCGAAAUGCUCGCCAUUUACAGAUUCUAGCUCCAGUUCAACAAAAGACAAGAGAGAAUGUUUUAUCAGCAGCCGCUCGGAUGUCGGCGCAAUUGAAAUGGGGGAGAAUGGAGAUUUGGCGCUUGAAGUGCCACCGGGACAUUUUGAUUUUGGAUUUGGAUGAAGAGAAGAGUAUCGAGGGAGGCUUCACGGAAAAGACAGAGUCAAACGGAGAUACACCAAUGUCAGCACGAUCGGCUCUUACUCGGUUACAAUCUAAGGCAAGUAGUUUAACACCACGCAGCGCGCCGAAAUCCCCGACUUCAGAUUCCGCAACUCGGCCUUCUACGUCUGGUCAUUCGCUUCCGGCGCCCGAGAAGGAUCGAAUGAUGGAUGACGUCUUUCACGCCCCACCAAGCUCGAAUCAGAAGGCCCAAGCAUCCUGGGAACUUCCGCCUUUGACAAACGAUGAGCAGCCUCCACUCGAGCCUUCGAUACCCAGUGUAACCCCUCCAAGCCCUGGUCUUGCCACUCAGCCUUCUCAUUCCAGUUUGAAACAACCUCCAACUUUGAGCCCCAGACCUUCGGAUGAUCCAAACCUUGAUGCUGCAGAGCAAUCUGUUCUUGAGCAGGCUGGAUUGAUGGAUGUAGAUGUGGCGAGUGAAGAUAAUAAAGACCAGUCAACAGACAAGGACAAGUUUGGCAAAGGCAAGAUUCGCCGCAGCAUACAUCAGACCCUGCGUGAGGCACACGUUCCAUCACAUCAUCGUGGCCGUAAGGGCAAGGACUCAAAUUCGAGUGCUGGUAUGUCGGAUGAAGGUACCACCGAUGAUGUACUUCCUCGUGGCUCUGGAAGCUUUGUCGUGCACGGCAAAAAGGCUUCAGUCAUCACAUUCGGAACGGAGCUUCAAGCCAUGUCACCGGAAGAACGUCUACGUCUCCGUAAACAGCCGCGCAGAAACUCAGAAGCAGGAUCUCAUGCCACCAUUGAUGAUGACUUCCACUCAAUACUUGCCGAACCUGUCGAGUUUCGUCAACGCCAUAAUUCAGCUGCCAGCACUAGUACCGCAACUGCUAGAAGCUUCCGGGAAUUGCAUAGGAAAUAUUCUGCACAAAACUCAGAAAAAUCUCCAAACCUCGCUGUCAAUGUAGAUGACGACGACGAAGCGGCGAUAAGCGUAUCAGACGGUCGACGAAGUCCAUUACCUCCAGUCGAAGACGAAAACGAGGACGAAGAUUCAAGCAGCAAUGACAAAACAAAAUUCUACACACCAGAACCCUCGCCUCGUGUAAUGGAAUUUGAUGAGCGAUCGCUAGUCGAACCCAAUCAACAGCACGAGAAUUCACACAUCGAAUCAGAUGAGCGAUUACCAAGUCCUACUUGCGAAGCAGUUGGUGCUUGA